GCCGCUCCCUUCCCGCCGCCCGGCUAAGUUGAAACCCCCGCCUCGCGAGUUGGCCGAGUUGCGCGGAGCCCCGGCCCCGCCGGGCAGCGCAGCGCUGUGCCGCGAGGCCCGGCCCGGCCCGGAGAGCGGCCCGCCGAGGGGAGCCGGGCGCUCCGCCGCCGCCUAUGAGGACGCCGCGGGGCCGGGAGAGCCAUGGACGGCGGCGGCGGAGGGGUGCCCCCCGCCCUGGAGAAGAACGCGGCGGAACUGACGGUGAUGGACGUGUACGACAUCGCCUCGGCUGUGGGGCAGGAGUUUGAGCGGGUGAUCGACCAGCACGGCUGCGAGGCCAUCGCCCGCCUGAUGCCCAAGGUGGUGCGGGUGCUGGAGAUCCUGGAGGUGCUGGUGAGCCGCAACCACAUCAACCCCGAGAUGGAGGAGCUGCGCCUGGAGCUCGAUCGGCUCCGCCUGGAGAGGAUGGACCGCAUCGAGAAGGAGCGCAAGCACCAGAAGGAGUUAGAACUGGUAGAGGAUGUCUGGAGAGGGGAAGCACAGGACCUUCUUACCCAAAUUGCACAGCUGCAGGAGGAGAACAAACAGUUGAUGACAAAUUUGUCUCACAAAGACAUUAAUUUCACAGAAGAGGAAUUUCAGAAGCAUGAAGGAAUGUCAGAGAGAGAACGGCAAGUCAUGAAGAAGCUGAAGGAAGUUGUAGAUAAACAGAGGGAUGAAAUCAGAGCAAAGGACCGAGAACUUGGACUUAAAAAUGAGGAUGUAGAGGCUCUUCAGCAGCAACAGAACAGGUUAAUGAAAAUUAACCAUGACCUGCGGCACCGCAUCACAGUUGUUGAGGCUCAGGGAAAGGCACUGAUUGAGCAGAAGGUGGAGUUGGAAGCAUAUCUGCAAACUAAGGAGCAGGAGAUGGGCACCCUACGAGCAGAGCUGGGGAAACUGAGGGAAAAACUGCAGGGUGAGGACAGCCAAAACGGGGAGGAAAUACAGACAGAACCAAACAAUGAUGACUGCCUCUCAGAGUCAGAAAAGUUGGCAAUGGACUUAAAAGAUCCAAAUCGUCCAAGAUUCACCUUGCAGGAGCUCCGAGAUGUCCUUCAUGAGAGGAAUGAAUUGAAAUCUAAAGUGUUUCUACUUCAAGAAGAGCUUUUAUAUUACAAAAGUGAGGAAACAGAAGAGGAAACUAGACCCCCUCAACCUACACCCAUAAUUCAAUCAAAACCCUCAACUCAGCCUGAAUCUGGAAUCAAACGACUGAUCUUUACAGCCAUAAUGCCCAUGGUAGCAGCUGGAUUGAUUCCAGAUGAUCCCACAUUGCAGCCAAUAAGAAGACUUGUGUCCCUUGUUUAGUUUCUUCUCUCGUGAUAAGAGACGUAUGCAGGCAUCACAGAAAAACGUCCAUUUCCAGGAUACUUUUCGUGAAUGGUCAAAUUCAAAUAAAGAUGACACCUACACAGAGCAAGGACAAGAAGCCCUGCAACACCUGUGACUAAAGGCCUGAGGUGCCCAGCUUCCUGCAGUACAUCUCGACAGCGUAGUAACAAGAAGCUUCUGUGAACAGAUCUGGCAGCUCACGGUCUUUAUUUGCCUUGCACACCGCAGUGGUUGUGUUUCAGAUGAACUCCUCAGAAGGGAUCGCUCACUGUUUACUUGGUGACUGCUGAAAACAGAAUCCAAGCUUUGUAGGAGCAGUUGAUACCCCGGAACAUCGAAGCUUCUAGAUGACUUGUUUUGUGCUGAAUAACAAGUCUAUGGUCUUGUUUGUGCAUUAACUACAGUAACACAAGCUUAUCUAAACCAAAAAAAAAAAAAAAAACCUGUGCCAUUAUUAGAAGUUUGUUUGCAGUGUACAAUAUCUAUUGGCAAAGACUCUGUUACCCUAUUUGUUAAAACUUUUGGUUGUUUGCUUUUUUUUGUAAUUUGGUAAGAAUUUUUUCAGGAGGGAUACCACAGCUGGCUGCUCUCCAUGCAGGUUGUAGCACUGCUGUGUCAAGUUCGGCUGGCACCUGCAUUUUGCAGAGCAACCACUUGGAAAUCCACCUGACAGAAAGUGACAAACUGGAGUAGCCUCGAGAGGGAUAGCGAGUGUACGUUCCCCUUGAUGCUUACAGUGCCUAAAGCAUGAAGAAACCCGUGUAUGAGGUGAGCGUGCCUUGCUUUUUGCCAUGACUUCUGCAGUAUUAAUGGAAAAAGAAUUGCUUAUAAGGAGGAAUUCUAACACUUGAAUUUUUUCUUUCUUACCGAGGACUUUCCCCUAGAGUAGCAGACAGCUGCCAUAAAGGAGUUAGGUCCCCUUCCCACAGGCAGGUUUUGAUUUAAGUCACACUCCACUUUUCUGUCUAGGUAAGACUGCCUAACUUCAGAGUAAAAGACAGCUCAUCAACUGAGGAUAUCUUAACUGACUUUGAGAUAACCUCAGCUCAAAAUGUUUUCUUUUUUCCUGAGUACCCUAAACAUUACUUAGGGUGCCAGAGAUGUAUUCUGUAUGUGCAAGAUGCUCUACUGGCACUGACUGAUGUGUGGGUAGCCCCCAGGCAGAGGAGAAUUAACUCUUAACUCACCAUCAAAAGCCCAGCACGUGAAUGCAUCUGAACUACCAGGAGGUGGGGUUUACAUCUUCUUUGCAAUUAAGCAUGUGAGACCCUUGGGACUGGCCAAGGUCAUGCUUGCAAAAGCCAGAACACUAAAGCCCCAUGCAGCAUAACCACUGUGCAUGGUCUGUGGCAGUGCACAACCCAGCAUUGUACCUGUGGGCAACUUGUGCAGGCAUCUUACCCACAGCAACUGUGUGCACUCUGCAAAGAGCCUCUUCUCAGGAGUGGCACUAAGAAUAGGCAGCAGUGCUCAGGCUGGAGUAAAGCUCCAACCAGUCCGAGUACUGAAUGUCUGAGGAUGUCCAGAAGGAUACUUAGAUAAGAGCAAACCAGAAGGUUUAGUGCAGGCCAGUUGUACUCAGUCCAGGAUGAUCCAGCAGUGGGUUUGUUAAUGCAUACAGGCAGCAAGCGGUUCUUAGCUCAUCUGAUGUGAAGCUGUGCAAGAAAAUAAUUUUUCACAACAGUGGGCUGAAUGCUGCUCUGUUCCUGUCUGUAACUGCUCCUUUUGAACACAGACCUUCAGCACAUUGUAGGGUGAGUGUUUACUGUGCCUGCCAGUUGUCACUGUCAUUGCCUGGGGCAGGAGGGAGAAACGUGGCCUUAUAUUAAAGGCGUUUCCAUUUGAUGUAGCAACAGUAGCAUUUGAUGCUAAUAUUAGGCAGAGAGAAUUUUGCCUGGUUACAUUUUGGUAACACUUAAGUUUUUAUGCUUACAGAGAACUGUUUUCAUUAAAACAUCACUUCCCUCCCUUGCAUGAAAGGCAAUUCUCAAAUGGAGGGAAGACUUGCUGUAAUACUUUAGUUGCUAAGAUCCUGAUUUCACUUUCAGAUUGAGUGGGGAAUUAAAAAAGCACACUAUAGUUGUGGGCAGUUCAAAUAAAUUGUGAAUGAUUCCUGUCUCUCUCUAGCAUAGUUUACAGUCAUUUGACACAUUUAGAGAUUUAGAGAUGCAGUGAACAGAAACAAUGCAAAGAUGCAGCAAAUUCACAGCCUGAAUAAGCACAUCACUUUUCAAAUCAGCUAAGAGCAAUGAACUGAGACAACAGAAAGACACAGGCUGAGCUGGUUUCCCCCAGCAUCUAAGCUCACGAAUUAAAAACCAAGUCUCCUGGCCUAGUGCAUGUAAAGCUGGUCCCAAACACUAGAGCCCUGCACACUAUUGUUGGGUCAAAGCUGCAGCCAGUUUCAAACAAUGGCACUAAGCAGUACAACCUUCCCCUAUUUAUCUCUGUAGCCCAUUACCUCAAAAAUGUAAUUAGUUACUCCCGCUAGCAUUAACCACUCUGCUCCUCGUUCUCAUGUUAGAAACACAGAGUUAAUACACACUAAGUGCCAUCAGAAAGGAUGGCAGAUAGGGAUGAGUAUGUAAAGGGUUGAAGACCUAUCAUUUCUCAGUAGUUUCUCAGUAUUUAGCUAAAAUCUGCUUUUAAAAAGGAAGGCAGGAUGUUGCCAGGUAAAGGGCAUAACAAUCCUGUCUCCAAAGUGCAGGAUCACUGAAGUUGUUCUGGUUUGGUUUUUUUUGUUGUUGUUGUUUUGUUUUGGUUGGGCAGUAAAUCAUUUUAACAGUUUAAUAAAUAUUUCUGAGAAAUGA